AUGACAGAUUACAAUGAAUUGGACAAAAAGAUUGUAAAAGAAGUUACACCUUUUCUCUACAAUGGCGGCAAAGGGAAAAGAAUUCCUAUAAGAGAACUUAUCAAGCGGAGGAACGAGGAGAGAGGCGGUCGUAAACCUAUUAAUUCAAAGGAAAGUCAAUCUCGGAAAAAGGCGAAUGGAGAGAAAAUGGGAGAUGGCCAGAAUAACGACCACAUGUAUCGUCAUAUUUGCUGGGAUAUUGAUGAACGCGGGUCUGUAGGAGAGACGAUUCUUCAUCUCUGUCUUCUCAACGCUACUUCCACACAUGCCGAUUUGGCGAAGCGCUUGACACGUCUCUUUCCAAACCUCAUAAACGAUAUAUACCAUUCCGAAGAAUACUACGGUGAAAACGUACUUCAUAUGGCCAUCGUGAAUGAAGACGCAGCUAUGGUGAAGUUCUUAUUGGAUAAAGGAGUCGACUAUCAUCAACGUUGCUGCGGCAACUUUUUUUGUCCAGAUGACCAAAAAGAUUCCAGAACUGACAAUUGGGAUCACGAAACUGUAGACGUGUGCCUCAAAACAAAUUACGAAGGGUACACAUAUUGGGGCGAAUAUCCUUUGGCUUUCGCAGCGAGUGUGGAGCAGGAAGAAUCGGUGCGAAUCCUUUGUGCCAAAGGUGCCAAUCCAAAUUUACAGGAUAGCAACGGAAAUACAGUGAUGCACAUUCUUGUCAUUCAAAACAAAUUGAAAAUGUUUCUUCUUUUGUUUUCGUUGGGUGCUCGCCUGGACAUUCGAAAUCGGCAAGGUUUGUCACCGCUGUCUCUUGCUGCCAAAUUAGCUAAAAAAGAGAUGUAUGAGCAUAUAAUAAAUCUGGAAAGACAGCAAUACUGGGAAUAUGGUGAUAUCACGUGUGCUGGGUACCCGCUAAAAGAAAUUGACACGAUUUCAGAAACUGGAGAAAUCAAUACUAAUUCCACGCUAAGUCUCAUUGUAUAUGGAGUAAGUAUGGAUUUAAUUCGGCAAUUCUCUCUCUCUCCGUCUCCCUCCCUCUCUUUCUCUCUCUCUCUCGCUUUCUCACGCUCUCGCUGUCUCCCCUUCUCUCUUUCUCUCUCAGACAAAGUGGAACAUCUUUUCAUGAUGGACGGAAUCAUAUUUAGUCUGCUGGAAGAGAAAUGGCGAACGUUCGCUCGUUAUCGGUUUUAUCGGCGGUUCUUUUUUUUUACUCUUUAUUUUAUUAUAUUUGCUUCGGCUUUCGCCCUUAGACCCGGAGCUGACCCUCGUUUGGGUGGAAAUGUAACGGAACUCAUCGAAGAUGUAAAAUGCAAAAAAAAGAUCUACAUUGAAAAUGAACCACGAAAUAAAUGUUAUCUACUGUAUCCUUACACGAACUACGAUUACAUUCGAUUACCGUUAGAGGUGUUGUCUGUUAUUGGGGCAGGAAUAUAUCUAUUUGCAGCAUCGAAAGAAGUUUACCACCAAGGAUUAAGAAUCUUUUUGGUAACUUUGAGAGGAGCACCUGCAAAAGCCAUGUUUCUUAUGUCAUGUGUCCUUGUUCUCAUGAUGAUUCCGGGUCGCAUCACUUGUAAUUACAACUAUGAAGACAUCAUUGGAGUUAUGGCCAUUCUAUGCACUGCGCCAUAUUUUCUCUUCUUUUGCAGAGGAUUUCGCAUCGUCGGUCCAUUCGUGGUGAUGGUGUAUUCCAUGAUCAAAGGAGAUUUGUUGAGAUUCUUUGUGAUUUACAGUAUCUUUGUAAUCGGCUUCUCUCAAGCGAUGUAUAUCCUUUUCAAUGGAUUAUGUAAAUACAUGUUCAGUAAUCCUGCUGAAUCGCUGGUUGGAUUGUUCAUUGUUUCAUUGGGCACAUUUGCUGAGUUCUAUAAUGAUUUGAACGUCACGAAACAUCCGACUAUCGCCAAAGCUAUAUUCACAACAUAUAUGGUGCUGGUCUCUCUUCUACUCAUCAAUAUGUUAAUUGCAAUGAUGGGUAAUACCUAUCAACUUGUGGCUAGUCAACAGAUGGAAUGGUUUAGGCAGUGGGCCAAUAUUGUUUUGAUUAUAGAACAAAGUGUAACAACACAAGAAAGAAUAGAACAACAGAAGCAAUACACGCAGUCUUUGGCUGACGGAAGACGGGUGCUGUCUAUACGAUGUCACAAGGAUAAACUAACACAGGUGAAGAGUGCAAAUGAUGAUGAUGAUGAUGAUGACUGA